AUGACUCUCACGCCUGUUCGAAUUCGCGGCAAACGAAAACGACCAUCUGCAAGUAACACAUCACUUCGCGGAAUUUCCACAUCUACGUCUGCCGCCACAGAAACCCGUUCUCUCAAGAGGAUGAAACGCUCUCUAUCCAAUGUUCUCGCCUCCCGGGCAACUCGCUGGAAACCUGUUCUCCAAGCCCUUCCGGCAGAGAUUAUCGAGAGCAUUUUUCUCUAUAGCGCCAAUGUUGAUUUGCCUCGCGCCUCACCAGUCAUCGGCGCAAAGCUAUCUGGACGUGUGACCCUCAUAAGAUUCCUCAUGUGGGCAUUCCAUGACACCUGGGAUCAAUGUUUCGGUAACCUUUCGACGGAUCCCGCGAAAGAUAAGAGCGACGUGGGCGGUGAUCGACAGCUUCAGUCGACUAUACUAAAUCUACCAUGGAUCAGUGCCGACUUGAUAGUUCAAUCACAACAAACAUGGGCAGAUACUUAUGCCAGAGACCGCCAUUAUGGGCAUUACCUGCCCAGGCUGGACGCAGACGGUGACCCCUUUAUGUAUAGCCACGACCACCAAUUCGAAGGCGGCGUCGGACACUUCAACUCCAAAGAAUGCUUUGAAGCUGAUUACCAGGAGGUUUUAUCCUGGAAACCGUUCGAGGCUGUCGGGGAAUGGGGUGGAUGUGAUAUUCACCCAAAGGUACGUAUACCUACAGUCCUUAUCACUGGGCCAUGGGAUGAGAAGAGGCUACGCCUCCUAUUCUGGCUCCGGCGAGCUGGGAAAGUAUACGGCUUCGAAGAAAAUGAGUCAUCAUGGGAGAUACAGCUGGACUGUCUUCGAAAUGCAUUCAUCGACGCCUCUGAGCCCAGCGUUCUCAUCACAAACUUGAUCGAUCUCACUUCGCUCUGUCGCGGCUUGCCCAGAGAUGUUGCCCGAGAAGAAAGACGACGCAUCGACCAACGGCUGAAAUGGGGUGCUGACGGUGUUGUUGCCAAAGAGAUCCUUCGGGAAGUCUACAGCACAAUCGGAAUGUAUCAUGACGGGUUUGGGGCCCCUGGCUCGCCAAAGUAG